GGUGUGAGAGAAAGCGGGUGAGACAGAGAGAGGGAGAAAUAAAUAUUUCCACCUACCUAACAAGGAGGCACACUCAUAAACAGGCGAGGAGGCAGGGUGAGACUCAGAUGCACAGUAGCUCUCGGGGCAGCAGCAGUUCAAACAGAGACAGACUUUCAUUGUGGACUGAUGUUCUAUCAUAAGGGAGACACUCCAUCACUCUGGCUAAUAAACAGUGAGCCACUCAGGCACAUAAGCAAGGCAUCAGAAUUAAAGGAGACGUCCAAUAAGGACACACAGUCAAAGUUCUUAUCUACACACACACAUACAUAAAAACACACACACACACACCGGUGCUGAGGGCGUCCUACCUAGUGUGAGAAGCAGGGGCUGGAAGUGAAGCACCACAGAGGAAGGAACGAGCGAGUGGAUGGAUGCCUUCUGCAGCCUCAGUGGCCUGGACCCUCUGUGGGACUGGAACCGCACUUGGUACACAGCCAACCCAGAUUUGACAGAGUGUUUUCAGAACACCGUUCUAGUGUGGGUGCCCUGUGCGUAUCUGUGGUUGCUGGCCCCCAUCUACUGCCUUCACCUUUACUGCCAUGACCAUGGACGCAUUCAGAUGUCCUCCCUCUGCAUCGCCAAGAUGGCGCUCGGCUUUCUGUUGGCCUCCUUCGGCUCUGUGGAGUUCUUCUACAUUCUAUUGGAGAGGAGCCAGGAGAUAGAGCAGCACGUAGUCUUCCUUCUUAGCCCCAUCAUACGCAGCCUGACUGUGAUCCUGGCUUUGUGUAUCAUCCAGUUGGAAAGAAUACGAGGUUGUCGCUCUUCUGUAUUCCUCUUCCUCUUCUGGGUUUUGGCUGUUGUUUGUUCCUUGGUGCCUCUGAGAGCAAAGAUCCAGCUGGCCCUCGAUGAGGGCAUUGCCUCCGAUACAGUGCGAUAUCUGGCCUUUUUCUCCUACUUCGCCAUCCAGCUGGUCCAGCUCUUCUUGUGCUGCUUUGCCGACCUACCUCCUGAGGGGAAAAAUGUCUUGGGAAAGAAUCCUUGCCCUGUGAAAGACGCUUCGUUUCUGUCUAAGAUCCUCUUCUGGUGGUUUACUGGACUUGUUGUGAAAGGCUAUCGAACUCCCUUAGCGGCGGAGGACCUGUGGACGUUGAGAGAGGAAGACACGUCACACAAAAUCAUCUCUGAGCUGCAGGAGGACUGGACGGCCGAAUGUGCCAAAAUUCAAAAGCAGGAGAAGGCCCUGACGUCAGGUGUAGCACUGGGAAGCAGGUUGCCUGACCAAGCUCAGCUCCUCAGGAAGCUUCACAAGGAGCAGAGCUCCGGUUUCUUCCUGCUCAGGACUCUGGCACGCAAGUUUGGUCCCUACUUCCUGACCGGCACCAUGUGUAUCAUAUUUCAUGAUGCCUUCAUGUUCGCCAUUCCCCAGGUGUUGAGUCUUCUCCUGGACUUUAUCAGGGAUGAGGAUGCUCCAUUGUGGAAGGGCUACUUCUACGCUACUCUGAUGUUUCUGCUCUCUUGCCUCCAGUCCCUCUUCAACCAUCAGUACAUGUACACUUGCUUCACAGUGGGAAUGAGGGUUAAGACGGCUGUCAUGGGCUUGGUUUACAGAAAGUCUUUGGUGAUAAACAGCGCUGCCAGGAGGACGUGCACCGUCGGAGAGAUUGUCAAUUUGGUUUCAGCUGACACCCAGAAGCUCAUGGACUUUGUGGUUUACUUCAACGCUGUGUGGCUUGCGCCUAUAGAAAUCGCCCUUUGCCUCUUCUUCCUUUGGCAACACCUUGGACCAUCAGCUUUAGCAGGAAUCGCCACAGUCAUUCUCAUUUUCCCUCUGAAUGGACUGAUCGCCAAGAAAAGGAGCAAGCUGCAGGAGAUUCAAAUGAAGUUCAUGGAUGGCCGCAUCAGACUCAUGAACGAGAUUUUGAAUGGGAUAAAGAUUCUAAAGUUCUACGCCUGGGAAAAGGCCUUCUUGGAGCAAGUUCUGGGUUACAGACAAAAAGAACUAAAGGCCUUGAAGAAAUCCCAAAUCCUUUACUCCAUCUCUAUUGCAUCUUUCAAUUCUUCUUCUUUCAUGAUUGCUUUUGCAAUGUUUGGAGUUUACGUAAUGCUGGACGACAAAAACAUCCUGGAUGCUCAGAAGAUUUUUGUUUCAAUGGCGCUGAUCAACAUCCUGAAGACGCCUCUCAGCCAACUUCCAUUUGCAAUAAGCACGACCAUGCAGGCUGUGGUUUCCCUAAAACGUCUGGGAAAGUAUCUGUGUUCAGAAGAACUCAAAGUGGACAAUGUAUUAAAGGCUCUAAUUAGUUCUGAUGGAGAGGAUGUGACGAUUGAAAAUGGAACUUUCACCUGGUCUACAGAAGGGCCCCCUUGUCUUAAAAAGAUCUCCAUCCGUGUGCCGCGGGGUUCCCUGGUGGCUGUGGUCGGACACGUGGGCAGCGGGAAGUCUUCUUUAUUGUCCGCCAUGCUUGGAGAAACAGAGAAAAGAAGUGGCCAUGUCAGUGUGAAGGGUUCUACCGCAUAUGUGCCCCAGCAGGCUUGGAUCCAGAAUGCCACAGUCCAAGAUAAUAUCAUAUUUGGCCGUGAGAAGCUGAAGACUUGGUACCAUCGUGUGCUGGAGGCCUGCGCACUGCUGCCUGACCUAAACAUCCUACCUGCUGGAGAUGCAACGGAAAUUGGAGAAAAGGGACUAAACCUCUCAGGUGGACAGAAGCAGAGGGUGAGCCUGGCCAGGGCUGUCUAUAGAAAAGCAGAUGUGUACUUGCUGGAUGACCCGCUGUCGGCUGUUGACGCACACGUUGGGCAGCACAUUUUCGAAAAAGUUAUCGGACCCAAAGGUGUACUUCGAGACAAGACCCGCAUCUUGGUGACCCAUGGGAUGAGCUUCCUGCCGCAGGCUGACCUCAUCCUCGUCCUCGUAAACGGAGAAAUCACAGAGAGCGGCUCAUACCAGGAACUCCUUACCCGCCGUGGAGCUUUUGCGGACUUCAUCCACACCUUCGCAAGUGGAGAGAGGAAAGAAAGCGCCAUACAAAGAGCUGGUUCAAGGAGGUCCAAUGCUCGUCUCAGCAUGGUUGAUUUCAUGCCAUUCUCCAGAGAUUUAUCUCAGGAGCAGCUCAUUGGGGGUGACACAACUAAUACAAACCUGCAGAAUAUGGAGCCUGUGUCUGAAGCCGAGCAGGAACAAGUCCAGAAGGACCUCGGCAGGCUGACGGUGGUUGAUAAGGCCCGCACUGGAAGAGUGAGGCUGGAUAUGUACCAAAAGUACUUUAAGACCAUCGGCCUGGCCAUCAUCAUCCCUAUUGUCUUCCUGUACGCCUUUCAACAGGGAGCCUCGCUGGCCUAUAACUACUGGCUCAGCAUGUGGGCCGAUGACCCAAUCGUUAACGGUACUCAGACCGAUGCAGACCUGAAACUAGCCGUUUUUGGAGUGCUGGGCUUUGUUCAAGGCGUUGCCAUCUUUGGUACCACCGUGGCUAUCUCUCUAUGCGGCAUCAUCGCCUCCCGCCACUUGCACAUGGAUCUGCUGGUCAACGUGUUGCAUUCGCCGAUGUCUUUCUUCGAAUGCACUCCCAGUGGGAACUUGCUCAACCGCUUUGCCAAAGAGAUUGACGCCAUUGACUGCAUGGUGCCAGAGGGCCUAAAGAUGAUGCUGAGCUACGUCUUUAAACUCAUGGAGGUGUGCAUCAUUGUGCUGAUGGCAACACCCUUUGCAGCUGUGGUCAUCCUUCCUCUCGCCUUCCUCUAUGCCUUUGUCCAGAGCUUCUACGUUGCUACAUCAUGUCAGCUGCGAAGACUGGAAGCUGUGAGCCGCUCCCCUAUCUACACCCACUUCAACGAGACGGUACAGGGCGCCAGCGUCAUUCGGGCCUUUGGCGAUCAGUCCAGGUUUAUUCUACAGGCCAAUGACAGGGUAGACUUCAAUCAGACCUCCUACUUCCCCCGAUUUGUGGCCACGCGAUGGUUGGCAGUCAAUCUGGAGUUUCUUGGCAAUGGAGUGGUGUUAGCAGCCGCCAUUCUUUCUGUAAUGGGAAAAAACACACUUAGUCCUGGCAUCGUGGGUCUGGUUGUGUCACACUCCCUCCAGGUGACUGGAAUCCUGAGCUGGAUUGUCAGAUCCUGGACCGAUGUAGAAAACAACAUUGUUUCGGUGGAGAGAGUCAAUGAGUAUGCUGACACUGCAAAAGAGGCCAGCUGGAGCCUGGAAGGCAGCUCUUUGCCGCUGGCCUGGCCCCAGACAGGCACCAUUGAGUUUCAGGACUAUGGGCUUCAGUACCGCAAAGGCUUGGAGUUGGCUUUGAAAGGCAUUACCUUGCAGAUCCAUGAACGAGAGAAAGUGGGCAUUGUUGGAAGGACGGGAGCUGGGAAAUCCUCACUUGCUUUGGGAAUAUUCAGAAUUUUAGAGGCAGCAAAGGGAAAGAUUUUUAUAGAUGGAGUCAACAUCGCCGACAUUGGACUCCAUGAUCUGCGAUCACGCAUUACGAUUAUUCCUCAGGACCCUGUGCUGUUCUCUGGCUCCUUACGGAUGAACCUCGACCCCUUUGACACCUACACAGAUGAAGAUGUUUGGAAUUCACUGGAACUUGCCCACCUCAAGAACUUUGUAUCUAACCUGCCUGACAAACUCAACCAUGAAUGCUCAGAGGGGGGAGAGAACCUGAGUUUGGGUCAGCGCCAACUUGUGUGCCUGGCAAGAGCUUUGCUGAGGAAAACCAAAAUCCUGGUCCUGGACGAGGCAACGGCCGCGGUGGAUCUGGAGACCGACACACUGAUCCAGUCGACGAUCCGCACACAGUUUGAAGACUGUACUGUCCUAACCAUCGCUCACCGCCUCAACACUAUCAUGGACUACACAAGAGUGAUUGUUAUGGACCGAGGCCUCAUCUCUGAAAUGGAUUCUCCAGCCAACCUCAUCGCACAGCAGGGACAGUUCUUCCGAAUGUGCCGGGAAGCUGGGCUGGUCUAAGUCUUUUACAGUUCUCAGACCACGUUCGCUCCCGUGCAAACUUGGCACCUUUCUGUUGUUUUUUGUAUGGCUUUUCAACAAAAGUUGAAUCAGCCCUUCCAGACAUUGUGGCAGCUGCAAGCAGGGCAUUACGAUUGACUGUCCAGAAACGCUGCAGACGCCAGUCUUGGGUUUUUCACACUUGGACACGCGGUCCGGAAGUUAACCUCAGAUUAUGAACAUUCAAACAAAGCUAUAGCGGGUUGCUGGGAGUGUGCAAGCGAUUGGUAAUGUAUAUAGAGAAAGUGGAAUCUUUUUUUUUUUUUCCUAUUUGAGGCUGAAACCUGGAAUGAAAUAGGAGCACCGAUUAUAAAGACUUGUAUUCCCCUUUCCAAUGGGAACAGUAUUAUUAUAGUCGUUUUCUAAAUGUUAUAUAGCACAUGACAUGUAUUUCAUGUUUUCUCAGGCUUUAACGUUGAUGUUUACAUACACUUUCAAAGCCUUGAAUGCCAAAAAAAAAACGGUCAUUUGCUUUUAUAUUUUUGUUUGACUGUCCUAGAAAGGAGGAAAGGGGGAAUACUCUGGCAUACUGACCCUCCAGAGGGUUCAACCUGGCAAAUGUGAGGGAAGUGAGGUUUUUCAUAACCAUCGGGAAUUAUUUCGAAGUGGCCAAAAUGGAAUAUAUGACAGAAUAGGAGACAAACAAUAGUGUUGGACCGAGACAUUCACAGGCUGAGUAUUUCUGUCAAAGUAAACACAUCCAAGGAAACCGUGUUGGUUAGAUUUAACCUGAUUUCUGUAUCUGAAAAACCGCCAUGAAUGCAGAGAACGUUUCCUUGAAACAAUGAAAAUAAAUCUUGGUGAGUGACUGUCCCUCCGCCACCACCACACAACUCAGGCCAUACGUAUAUAUCUAUAUAUAGAUCUACAGAGAAUUCACUAUUCUAUUUUUUUUUUUUUUUUUCAGAAUUUACAGUGUAGAUAGUCCGCAACAACCUUUUGCCUUGAUUCCAAGAAUUGUAUGAACUUUUCACAGAGAAAACUCAUACUCUGGUUUUGUCUUACUGGUUUAGACAAUAUACACACAGUACAAACCAUGUAGUAUAUUUUUGUGGUAUUUUUCAAAAUUCGGAGAAAUGUAUUAUAUUUAUACUUUUUAUAACAAGCUAUUUCUUUUUUCACUGAUCGAUGUAUAUUAUUGUAUUGUUUUGUUGUAUACAUAAACUGCUGGAUGAUAAUAAAUGUAUUUGACUCAA